AUGGCACGCGCCAGUCUGCCGCUCCUCAUCGCGCUGGCGCGCGCCCUCGGCGCGACCAGCAUCGGUCUCCACCAGCAGGCGGUCUUGCAUGCAUCGGACGGCAGCAGGGGCUGUGCGGCCUUGGAAAACCGCGGUACCCACUUCACGAUCGACGUGGACGUCGGCACGCCGUCGCAGAGAUUCAGCGUGGUGGCGGACACGGGUAGCAACUCUCUGAUCAUCCCGUCAUGCCAAUGUCAAAGUGCGGGCAAGUGCGACAAGACCGACAGGUGCUUCAUUGGCUCGAACAAAUCUUCGAGCUUUCACCUGGAGGUCGGCGAUGACCAGGAACCUGUGUCUAUGGUUCUCUCCUUCGGCAGCGGCCAGAUCCAGGCUGUGGUGGCACAGGAGCAGGUGCGCGUGGGCCAGGUCAACGCUUCACUGAAAGAUGGCCUGCUUCUCAUGACGGACCGCGCACUGAACAUCAAUGGACCCUUCGAAGGUAUCCUUGGCCUGGGCUUGCCGCAGCCGCCGACAAACUGGACCGCAGUGCAGGAGCAGGAGAGCAAGCAGGAGUCUGCCGUGGCUGGCGGCCAAAGCAUGGAGGACAUAAUCAAGCAGAUCGUGAGCCAGAUGGGCGCCUCCGGGCCCGAAGGCGGCCAGGCGGCCCCGCCUGAACAGAACAUGCGCAAGGCUCUGAAGGCGGCUCUGGAGAAGCCCAAGCGCCAGCACCGUGACUCGCCCACGGGUUUCCUGGAGCAGGCCGGGAUCGGUCGCUUCUCGAUGUGCUUCAACGACGGCGGUGACGGCGUCCUGCGCAUCGGCGAGCCUCCCCUGAAGCACGGCCUCGGUGGCAUGGGCACCCAGCACUGGGGCGUGGACUUUCGGGGCAUUUCGGUGGGGAGCAAGUCGGUGGGGGACGUGCUCUUCUGCCACGGCACGAACAUGACGAAGGGUCAGAGGUCGCCGUGCGGUGCCAUCCCUGACUCUGGCACCACGAUGCUGAUGGGCCCGAAAGAGCACAUCGGUGCCCUCUUGGAGGGCAUCUGCGACGGCUGGGACCGCUGCCGCCAGAACUUCACCAAACUGGAGCAGGCCGAGCAGAUUGCGAGCGAGGCCAUGAGCAAGCACUACGGCAUGAACCCCUUCAACAUGCAAGGGGGCAUGAGCAAGUCCGACGUGCUGCAGCUGCUUCUCAUGGACUGCGAGUCCUGGGGGCACGGGGGAUUUGACGAGUUGCCCGACCUCCACUUCCACAUCCGCGGGAGCGAUGGCAAGGCCCAGGCUCUGAAGAUCCCCGGCCACAUGUACGUCAUGGAGGUGUCUGGCGACCAGGCCGAGAGCGCUUUGAAAUUGCUUGAGGGCGUUCGCAAAAUCCCUGCGGACACCCGCCUGGCGAAGUCGAAGAAGAAGGUCUGCACACCGAUGUUCGGAGAGAUGGACUACCAGACCUCAAGCAACGGCCCCGUAUGGAUCCUCGGCACCCCGAUUUUCUACGAGUACGUGGUCGGCUAUGACAUGAAGACGUCGCCCCCAGCCAUGUCCUUUGCCUCCCAGAGCGAGCAGCCCUGCGGAAGCUGCAAGCCCACGGUGAACCUUGCGAUGUCAAGGGAGACGCACAAGGUCCGCAGCCCGCGCCAGGUCUCCGGGCCGCCGCGCGUGCCCCAGAUCGACACGACGAAGCCGCUAUGA